AUGAAGGCAGGUAUGUCACUGGACGAUCCGUCCAGUAAACGUCAGGCCUAUCGAUUGAAGAAGCAAGAGAAUAGGGAAGAACUUAAACAUGUCAGAAUCGAUCCAACGGCGACUUCAGAGAAAGUAGACUUGCCUAGAAAGAGAUUUUACCGUCAAAGAGCGCAUUCUAAUCCCUUCUCGGAUCACCAACUAGAAUAUCCAGUGAGUCCCGAUGACAUGGACUGGCAGAAACUUUAUCCCCAUUUUUUUGAUGUUGGGACGAACAGGAUGAGCAAGCAAGUAACAAUCGCUGACAUCGGAUGUGGAUUUGGUGGUCUACUGAUUGAUCUUUCGCCAGAAUUCCCAGAAAAUCUGAUACUAGGAAUGGAAAUCCGUGUUCAAGUGACAAACUACGUUGAGGAUCGUAUUAUUGCCCUACGAUCCAACAAUGCCGCUAUCAACGGAUACCAAAACAUUAAUGUGCUGAGAGGUAACUCCAUGAAGUUUCUGCCCAACUUUUUCCAUAAGGCCCAGCUCGAAAAGAUGUUUUUCUGUUUCCCUGAUCCACAUUUUAAGCAAAGAAAGCAUAAGGCCAGAAUAAUCACCAAUACGUUGUUAUCCGAAUAUGCUUACGUUUUGAAAGAAGGGGGCGUUGUUUACACAAUCACGGACGUACUAGAUUUACAUGAAUGGAUGGUCAAACAUUUGGAGGAGCACCCACUUUUCGAUAGGCUGUCAAAAGAUUGGGAACAGAGCGACAAAUGCGUUCAGAUCAUGACCCAUGCCACUGAAGAGGGCAAAAAAGUAGAAAGAAAAAAAGGUGAUAAAUACGUUGCUUGCUUCGUGAGACUUCCAAAUCCACCCAUCGUAUAG